AUGACCGGUGUCGAAUCUGUUGACCGACUCCACGGUGGGAUCGACUUCCAGCCAGAGUUGGCGAAGAGCCUACAGGCAAAACCAUCAACGACUCGUGAAGAUGAGCAGUAUCCCCAGGCGCACACCAGGCUUACCGUGGCCCUCGAAUCUGUAUCAUCGUCAUAUGCAACAGCCACCGACCCACCAGAUUCCCGAACACGUUGCAGCCUUUCUUCGAACAUGGGUUUGCAUCAUCAUGUUUUUCAUAUCAAAUGUACGAAUCGCAACGGCACCGCCGCCACACCUCUCUCACACUGCAAUCUAGAGAGCGCGACCGAUUCGGACGGCAAGAAAGACGACACCAUUCGCUGUAGUGAGAUUGUCGACUACAUGGCUGUCGUCGAUUUUGAGCAUAUUAUCCUGAGAAUCUUUGCUCUCUCCGUGCGGGCUUGGGAGCAACACAUCGAACAACAAACCCAGACAGGGGAGAAAGAGCCUGAGCAUGGGUGA